AUGACGAGUGACAGAGGUCCCCGAAGGCUAAGCAGCCCCAGCUAUGGCUCCAUCUCCAGCCUGCCCGGCCCGGGGCCACAGCACGCACCUCCCGGGGAGACCUACCUGAGCGAGAAGAUCUCCAUCCCGGACACAAAGCCGGGCGCGUUCAGCCUGCGGAAGCUGUGGGCCUUCACCGGGCCCGGCUUCCUCAUGAGCAUCGCGUUCCUGGACCCGGGGAACAUCGAGUCAGACCUGCAGGCCGGCGCGGUGGCUGGAUUCAAACUGCUCUGGGUGCUGCUGUGGGCCACGGUGCUGGGCCUGCUCUGCCAGCGGCUUGCUGCCCGGCUGGGCGUGGUGACGGGCAAGGACCUGGGUGAGAUCUGCCACCUCUACUACCCGAAGGUGCCCCGCACCCUCCUCUGGCUGACCAUCGAGCUGGCCAUCGUGGGCUCGGACAUGCAGGAGGUCAUCGGCACGGCGAUCGCCUUCAGCCUGCUCUCGGCCGGACGGAUCCCGCUCUGGGGCGGCGUCCUCAUCACCAUCGUGGACACCUUCUUCUUCCUCUUCCUGGAUAACUACGGGCUGCGGAAGCUGGAAGCCUUUUUCGGGUUCCUCAUCACCAUCAUGGCCUUGACGUUUGGCUAUGAGUACGUGGUGGCCCGUCCAGCCCAGGGGCCGCUCCUCCGCGGGCUGCUCCUGCCGUCCUGUCCUGGCUGCGGCCAGCCCGAGCUGCUGCAGGCCGUGGGCAUUGUCGGCGCCAUCAUCAUGCCCCACAACAUCUACCUGCACUCGGCCCUGGUCAAGUCUCGAGAGAUAGACCGGAGCCGAAGGGCUGACAUCCGGGAAGCCAACAUGUACUUCCUGAUCGAGGCCGCCAUCGCCCUGUCUGUCUCCUUCUUCAUCAACCUCUUUGUUGUGGCUGUCUUCGGGCAGGCCUUCUACCAGCAGACCAACGAGGAUGCGUUCAGCGUCUGCGCCAACAGCAGCCUCCGGGCCUACGCCGGCAUCUUCCCCAGGGACAACCACACAGUGGCCGUGGACAUCUACCAGGGGGGCGUGAUCCUGGGCUGCCUGUUCGGGCCCGGGGCGCUCUACAUCUGGGCCGUGGGCCUCCUGGCGGCCGGGCAGAGCUCCACCAUGACGGGCACCUACGCGGGACAGUUCGUGAUGGAGGGCUUCCUGCGGCUGCGCUGGUCCCGCUUCGCCCGCGUCCUGCUCACCCGCUCCUGCGCCGUCCUGCCCACCGUGCUGGUGGCCGCCUUCCGCGACCUGAGGGACCUGUCCGGCCUCAACGACCUGCUCAACGUGCUGCAGAGCCUGCUGGCUCAGCAAGGCCGUCACGUCCGCCAUCAUGACUCUCAUCUGUGCCAUCAACCUCUACUUCGUGGUCAGCUACCUGCCCGGCCUGCCCCACCCCGGCUACUUCGGCCUCGUGGCCCUGCUGGGCGCCGCCUACCUGGGCCUCAUCGCCUACCUGGCCUGGGCCUGCUUCAUUGCCCACGGGGCCUCCCGGCUGGCUCACCGCUCCCACCGCCACUUCCUGUACGGGCUUCCUGA